UCAUUCAAUCAAUGGAAAUGGAACGUCAAUUGCAGACAGGGUAUUAGCAGUGUAUACGUGUCUUCGAUAUAUUCACAGCGGAGAAAAAUAUUUUAUUAGUAAUUUUUAGUAGUCUAAAAAAAGCAAAGAGAGAGGAAGCACUUACGGAAAAUGGAGUCGAAAAAUCGUAAAAAUGAUAGGUGCGAGUAUUGUAAGGAAAAAGUGUUUUUGAAUUAUCCAGGACAUCCGGAAAAUGCGGUCGAGGAAUAUGUUACGUUGACAAAUCCAGAAUUGUGUCUGUUUAAUGGCGAUGAGAAUAAUCUUGAUGAGUAUGACCAGUGGCCGCAGCAGAAAAUCACGAAAUUUUCCGUUUACGACGAAAAGGGUCAUCUCUGUCCAUUUGACACUGGUCUUAUUGAGAAGAAUGUGAAAUUAUUCUUUUCUGGUUAUGUCAAAGCUAUUUAUGAUGACGAUCCUUCGAUGGUUAAUGGUUUUCCGACGAAGGAUUUGGGACCGAUUAAUGAAUGGUUUGUGUCUGGUUUCGAGGGCGGUGAUGUUGCUUUGAUUGGUUUUAAUACAGCUUUCGCGGAAUAUAUUUUGAUGGAACCGGCCGAUUUUUAUAUUCCUUUCAUGAAGCCCAUUAUGGAAAAAAUCCACACCAGUAAAGCUGUUAUUGAAUAUCUUUUGGGAGAAAUCGAUCCAUCGUUCGAGGAUCUUUUGAAUAGGUUCGAUUCCGAGCUGCUUAUCAAACAUUCACAAUUCAUUUGCGAACAGGUUUUUUCUUUCGACACUUCAGCUGCGAUUGACGACACAAUGUUGAUCACAAAAUCGUGUAUGAGAUCGUUGAUAAAUCUCGCAGGUGUGAAUUUGGAGAAUCCAGACUCUAAUCUCCGGAGAAGUGAGGCGAAGUGUAACAAAAUUCUCGCGAAUCAAAUUUUGAGGAGGAGUAGACAGAAAAAAUCCUUUACGAAAGCUACGACAACGCCAUUAGUUAGAGAUACGUUCGAGACAUUUUUUCGCGAUCAGUUAAAGCAUCAAGGAGAGAAUGAAAAUGAUAAUGAAAAUGAUAAUGAAAAUGAUAAUGAUACUGAUGAUAGAAAAAAUCUACCAGAUGAUUCGGAGUCAGAAGAUGAGUAUUCUCCAAAAAUCGUUAAAUUUGUCGACAAAGAAGCAGAAUGGAUUGGUGAUUCAAUUGGCGAGGACAAUGGUCGGGUAUUUUAUGAAAAAGCAAAUUUAGAUGGCAAUGAGAUUGAAAUUAGAGAUUGCGUUUUAAUUGAAGUGAAUUCAUCACCUCAAGUCGCUCGUAUUCUCUAUAUGUACGAAGACAGAGAGGGAAAUAAAUUAAUUCACGCUAAUUGGUUCUGGAGAGCAAGUGACACAAUUCUCGGUGAAACCGCUGACGAGUUUGAAUUAUUUUACAGUGAGAGGUGCGACAAUAUUGCUUUCAAUACCAUUUCGACUAAAGUGGAUGUAGCGCAAGGUGCAAUUAACAAUUUAACGACAUUUUUUUGCUCGAAACGAUAUUUGGAGAGUACGGCAAGAUUCGAGGAUCCAAUUUCGCAAAUGAUGUCUGACUGUCGAGUUAAUUUCUGUCCGGCGUGCUCGGAAUUUGUUGCCAAGAAAUAUGGGAAAAUUCCCCAAGUUUCCGAGAGAUUGGUUGGCGGAAAUGAGACUGAUAAAGUGGAGUACGGUGUUGUAAAAUUUCGAAAUGAGGAAUUUCGUCGAGGAAGUGGGAUUUAUUUGAAACCGGGGACGUUUGAUUUCGGGUCUUCGAAUCUACGUGGUCGUAAGGAGGUGGAAAGGGGAUGUGUCGACGAAGAUGUUUAUCCGGAAUUGUAUCGAAAAUUACGAGUCAGCGAUGUUUCGGACACUGACGUACCCGAACCGUUCGAUAUCGGUUAUAUCACCGGUAUUUUUGCGACGACCGCGGAAAGACUUGUCCCACCGUCGAAAAUUUGGAUUAGGGUGAAAAAACUCUACCGACCGGAGAAUACGAGCAAAGAUAUUCAAUCGAUCAGAAAAUUGGAUUUGAAUUUUCUCUAUUGGAGCGAGGAGGAGGUGACAAUUCGGUUCUGUCGAGUUGUUGGAAAGUGUCAGAUUGCCUUUGAGGGGAAUUUGGGAGAUGUUCAGGAAUGGUUGACGGAAGGACCGGAUCGAUUUUAUUUCUCUGAGACUUAUGUUCCUUUGGGGGGGAUUUUUCGAGAGUCGUCAGAGUUGGUUAAAUUGAUUGGCAGAUCUAUUAUAGAGGGGAGUAAUUAUCAAAGAGGGGAAAAAUUAACGACCCUUGACGUCUUUGCUGGUUGUGGUGGACUUUCGGAAGGUUUACGUCAAUCUGGAGUGGCUCAAGUGAAAUGGGCAAUUGAAAAUGAUGGAUCGGCGGCGGAGGCUUAUGGUCUGAAUAAUUCGGGUGUCAAGAUAUUCACGGAGGAUUGUAAUUAUCUUCUGGCACGGAUAAUGAGGGGGGAUGAGGAGGAGAACCUACCGACUAAAGGUCAAGUGGAGCUUUUGUGUGGCGGGCCACCUUGUCAGGGCUUUAGUGGUAUGAAUCGGUUUAAUUCGAGAGAAUAUUCCUUCUUCAAGAAUUCCCUAGUGGCGACUUAUCUCUCGUAUUGCGAUUACUAUCGACCGAGAUUUUUCAUUAUGGAGAACGUUCGUAGUUUUGUGUCUUUUAAGAAGAACAUGGUUUUGAAAUUAACACUCCGAUGUUUGACGCGAAUGGGUUAUCAGUGUACUUUUGGGAUUUUGCAAGCGGGUAAUUAUGGAGUGCCACAGACGAGGAGGAGGAUGUUUAUAAUAGCGGCAGGGCCUGGUGAGAUUUUGCCAAAUUUUCCCGAACCGAGAAAUGUGUUUAGUAAGAGGGCUUGUCAGUUGAAUAGCCUCGUGGAUAAUAGGAAGUACUCGACGAAUUGCGAGUGGACGGAAUCGGCGCCUCUUCGAAUGGUGAGCGUGAGAGACGCUGUGUCUGAUUUGCCGGUGAUUAAUAAUGGUUGCAGUUUGGAAGUGAUGGAUUAUGGGGAGUCGGCCAUCACGGAUUUUCAAAGAAAGCUGAGAGGCAAUCAAACGGUACUGAAGGAUCAUAUUUGCAAGCUAAUGGCGCCUUUGGUGCAAGCGAGAAUUGAAUUGAUUCCAAAGGCGAAUGGAUCGGACUGGCGGGAUUUGCCGAAUAUCAUUGUUCGAUUGAGUGAUGGGACGUGGUCCAAGAAGCUCGAGUACACUUAUCAUGAUGAGAAGGCCGGAAGGAGUUCGACGGGGGCACUUAGAGGCGUCUGUAGCUGUUGCCUUGGCAAGAAGUGCGAUUCAGCUGAUAAGCAGUACAAUACAUUGAUUCCUUGGUGUUUGCCGCACACUGGAAAUAGACACAAUCAUUGGACGGGGUUGUACGGAAGACUCGAGUGGGACGGAUUCUUUUUCACCACACUCACGAAUCCCGAACCCAUUGGAAAGCAGGGACGCGUACUUCAUCCCGAACAGAAUCGAGUGAUUAGUGUUCGCGAGUGUGCUAGGUCUCAAGGAUUUUCUGAUGGUUAUUCAUUUUAUGGAAAUAUUGUUGAUAAAUAUCGACAAGUGGGAAAUGCUGUUCCACCGCCAGUGGCCGCUGCAAUUGGACUCGAAAUUAGAAAAUGCCUUAGGCAUUAAUAAUUAAUUUGCCUUAGGCAAAUUAAUGUUAAUUAAAUUAGUUUUAUAAGUUAGCUUAUUUUAUGUUUGGUUCAAGUAGAUUUUAUCUCAGUCAAUUGUUGCUUUAUUUAUUCAUUAUUUAUUUCUUCGUAUUUAUUAAAAAUUCGUGAUGAAGUAUUAGCCAAGUGCAUAAGAAAUAUAGGGACAAGUCUCAAAGUCAAGGGACACGAUGGCUACUUCUCUAUUAGUAGUCUUAAUGCGCAGGCACCAAGUGCCAUAUAUUUUAUUAAAUUAGCGAUUCGCCAUUGGGUACAUGCCCUGUCCCUAUAUGUGACCGCGUCUAAGAAAAGGAACUUUAUGAUUAAAUCGAUUUUUAGAUUUAGACUAUUUUUUACACUUUAAGGUCCUUAAAAUAAUAUGCAAUUACUCCUGGGUUAAAAAAUUAUUUUAGUCCUAAAGUCCCUUUUCUCAGACGCAGUCACAUAUUUCUCUCAUGUUCAUGUUAUUAGUAUUAAGAGGAAUUUAAAGAGAACAUUUUUUUCAGUAUUCGAGAAUCUUUUUUCUCAAUUUUAAAAUUAAGUGUGAAAAAAGUGAGAGUAUUAAUAUUUAUGUUUGAAAAAUCAGUACAGGGUAUUAGUAUAUAUUAAAAUAUUUGUGACCACGCUCUCAAGUGAAUAAGAUUAUUUUUGUCAUUAAAUAUAAGAUAUGUAAAAGUUUAUUGUUAUUUCAAUUAAGAAUUGCAAAGAAAAAUUUAUUUGAU